CUCCCUCUACGGCCCCUGGUGCUAAUAAGGCAGAGAGUGAAACUUAUAGAUCAUCUGGAAUAGUUAUUGUUAUCAUAAUUGAAUAUACAAACGUUCGGCUCAAGUUAGAUCAAAUUUCUUAUAAAUAUUUACCUCAAGUAAUUGAUGGAAACGAAUACAAAGCUGUAGAAAACCUAUACAAUAUAACUGACGGUUCGCUUACAACUAUUGAUAGGCACGGGUAA